AUGGAGGGCCCCCCUCCCCCUGCUUCUUUGGGAUUCUUACCGCAGCAGCCGCAGGGGCCCCCCCCUAUCGUCUCUAGCUCCCCUAGGGGCCCGCAAGGCCUACUCCUGCCAUCUGCUGCAGGCGUGUCUGCACAAGUUGCCGCUGCUGCUGCGCGACUCUCGGUUGCCUCCGCUGCGCUGCAGUCCGCCGCGGCAGAACGGGCGGGUCUGCAACAGGCCAGGCCAAGGGGCCCUCUGCCCCCAGGGAGCAGGGGCCCCUCCUCUGUUGCCGCUCAGACGGGAGCAGCUGCUUCUCCUGGGCCCCUUGGUGGUUUUCUGGGGCUGCUGCCUCCUCUUGGCGGGGCCCCACCAGAUGCUGCGCUCCAUUUCAAGAGCCCACCCGGGCUAGCUCCCCUCAUAGGCGGGGGGAGCCUAACUGCAACAGCCUUCUGCCGGGGAAGUCCCCAACUUGAGAAUGCAUCAGUAGUAUUCCCUACCUUCUUGGGGGCUCCGGUUGCAGCAGAACACUUGCGAGUAUCUCAGGUGCCUGGCGGUCCCCCGCAAGCCCCCGCUAGACAAUGCGUGGCGAAUAUACAGGGGCCUCCUCUUGCUGCUGCUGCUGCUACUGCCGAUUCGCCCCGUACAGGAUUCACGUGUCCGCCAGCUGCAGACACAGCAGCAGCAGCACAAGCAGCAAAAUGCGUAUCAGUAGGAGUGCCUUCGCAACUGCAAACUGCAGCACCAGCACGAGCACCAGCAUCAACAGCAGCACCAGCAACAGCCGCAGCAGCAGCCAAUGACUCCGAUUUAGGUAGAGUUGAGCAGCUGAUGCGCUGCCUCAGCCGUGGUUUGGUGCCUUCUACAGAAUCAGCGGGGCCCCCAGUAGCAUCCGUAGAUGAUUGCUUCAGCUCCCCCGUAGGAGCCCCCCUGGGAACCUCCCUGGGGGCCCCCUUAGGGGUCCCCUUAGGGGCCUCGCUUGAAGUUCCUUUGGGGCUGCGAGACGCCAAGCUUCUGGGGGGUGCUGGGACCCCAGGGCCCCUCACACGUGGCGUGCAGACGCAGUCCACCUCAUCAAGACCAACAACAACAGCGGCAGCAGCAACAACAACAGCAACACCAACAGCACCCGAAGCUGCAUCAACAGGAGUACCAUUAGGGUCCCUCGGAGCCCCCCUCAAUUCUUCUUCAGCUGUUUCCAGCAAAACUCAUACGGAGCCUCUUACUGCUCUCUUCUCACCUUGGGCCUCACCUGCUGCUGCUGCUGCUGCCGCUGCUGCUGCCAAGCAGCAAAUGCGGGCCCCAGGUGUUCCCUCAGCGCCCCCUCUUGGAGGAGCCCCGCGACUCGCCGCCUUGCAGCAAUUCGCGACCUCUUUGCCGCUGCAGCAUGGAACACAGCUGCAGCAGCAGCAGCAGCAGCUCAUGCAGCAACUGCUGCUGCAGCAGCAGCAACAACAGCUACCGCAGCAACAACAGCUGCAGCAGCAACUGCAACAGCAGCAACAGCUGCGACAGAAGCAACACCAGCAACUGCAGCUACUGCAGACUCAAAUACAACUGCUUCAGCAGCAGCAGCAACAGCAACAACUACAGCACCUGCAGCAGCAGCAGCACCAACUGAAACUACUCCGGGCAGCGCAGCAGCAGCAACUGGAGCAGCAACAACAAGCGCAACAGCAACAACUGCAACGGCCAGCACGGCAGCUGCAGCAGAGGCAAGAGCGUGCAGCAACGAAGAAACCGCAGCAGCCCAUGCACGUGCAGCAGCAGAUGAAGCAGCAACAGCAGCAGCAGAUGCAGCCGAAGCAGCAACAACAGAUUCACCAGCAUCGAGUACAGCACCAGCUGCCACAGAUUCAACAGCAGCCACAACAGACAACGCAUUUAGCUGUAGAGAAAGGUUCUACUAUGCGAGCUGCUGGAGCGCCAAUAGGUAAUGCAGCCCCAGUUGCUGGUGCUGUACCUGCUGCUGGCGGCGCACAUGCUGCUGCUGCUGCCCACGUUUGUGUUGCACCCCGUAUUUCUGUGGAUGCAGUACUUGCCGCUGUUAGAGGUGAUGCUUCGCCUGCGCCUGUUGCAGAUGUUGCAUCAGCUGCAACUGCUGCCGUGCUUACAGCCACUGCUGCCUCUGCUCCUGCCGCUGCUUCUGCCACGUCAGCCACGCCAACAACAGAAACAGCAGUAGCAACAGGAAUGGCAGCAUCAGCAGCAUCUGCUCCUGUGGAUGACAUUGGAUUGCCAAACGGCAAGUUCUGCAGCGCGCCUUGGGGCCGCGGCCGUUGUGACACCUGCGCCCGUGCAAGCAGCAGCAACAGCAAGAGCAGCAGCAGCGUCUUGUUACGCGGAGAGGAGUUUGGUGUUAAUUGUGCUAUUUCUGGUGGUAUUCAGCCUCCGCUUGAUGCUCGUCAGCAUGAACAGCUGGAAUGCCUCGGGGGUCCACCAGAGGGGCCCCAGGGGGCAGCCGAGACUGAAUUCGCCGCAGCUAGGGAAGCUUUGCUGCAUGUGUCUGCUCGAGUUGCUGUUGCACCUGCCUAUGCACCUCAGCACCUGUCAUGGGGACGCAUCUGCAGCAGCAAACGGUGCAUUGGCGGAGUUGGGGGGGCCCUUCAGGGCCCCUCCGAAGGCGCCCCCGCUGCUGCACUGCACGAUAGUGCAGCUUUUGUUUUUGAAGGAGCGGAAGAAUCAGUGCAGAUGGUGGAGGUUGCAAUCCGCAGGCUUGGCCUGACGAUUGCAGCUCACGGUCCCGAAGCAGCAGCAACAGCAGGUGCCAAUGCAGAUAUAACACUCGCACCAGCAGCACCAGCAGAUUCAAGUGCUGUAGAAGAGGACUGGGAACAGCUGUUGCGGCAGGCUGAGGCCGCAUCAAAAGCCUUCGCCGACGACUGCAACAGAUGUGCAGCAGCAGCAGCAACGGUCACAGAAGCAGCACCCUUCUGGCCAGAUACUCACCUGCACCCUGCGGCUAUGCGUAGGGGUAUUUUACAGCGGCGGCAGGAAAAGCAUGAGCACGAGGCACACCAGCGCAGUAGCAAAGGGGAGGGGAACGGCAGCGGGGCGCCUGAAAGUGCGGAUGCAGAAGCAACAUUGGCGGAAGCAGCAGCAGCAGCAGGUUCCUCAGCCGAAGAAAUUGUGGGGAGAGUCACGCGACGUAUUGCUGCGCAUCUUGCUGGUGAUGGCGCAGCUAUUGCAGAAGCCUUAAGGUGUCUACAAAACACUCUUGCUGCUUCUUGCUCAGCCGCAAAACCGGCAGCAUCAACAGCAGCAACAACAGGUUCUUCAGCUGUUCUAGACUGCAACGGAGACGGGACCAACCCCGCUGGAGAGGCAGCAGGGAGAGCACAAGCAGCAGCAACAGCAGAAAGGAGAGGUCCCCUGAGUGCACGUCGCCAGUGCAUGCGCAGCCCAGGGUGCCCCUAUCCCUUGAUUAAAACCCUCCCCAUCCUCCUUAAGGGCCUUGAACACGAGCAGCAAAGCAGACAGCAACCACAGCAGCAACAGAAGCAGCAGCAUCUGGACACCUAUCAGGGGCCUCGAACAGCAGAGGAAGCGGCUAACGGACCAUUCGCUUCUGCUGCUAGCAUUUCUGCAGCAGCGAUCGCGCCAGCGGCAGAGCCGCCUGCUGGUCCUGCUGAGGAAGCAGCAGCGGGAGCUGCAGUUGAUGCUGCUAACAGCAGCGCUGUAGCAGCCUCCGGACUUGCUGCUUUAGCAAAGGGAGACGCAGUGGACACUGCGGUGAAGACAAGCUCCCCGUCCUCUCUUGCUGCUGCUGCAGCGGCGACUGCAGGAGGAGCCGUAGAGCCACCAACAACAGCAAGUGGCACUGCUGGGGAAGAGCCCGAAGGCUUCCUGGAAGAGAUGCUAAUGCUGUUGCGGCAAGCAGCUUCCUGCCCCCAGCGUACAGCUGAACUGUGCUGCUACAUGCAGCAGCUGCGAGGAGCAGCAGAAAGUAUCUUGCUGCUGCAGCAGCGGCGGGAUGGUCAGCAUGAAAUUUCCGAGGCAACUAUGCAGGAGCUACGUGGGGAGGGGGGCAAGACGCAGGAUGAUGGAGCAUCAGCAACAGCAGUAGCGGCUCCUGCUGCUGUGCUGCUGUCGGCAGCAGACGAAAUCGAUGUGCGUCUGUCUUCUGGGCUGCAGCUACUGCAGGGGAGGAUUGAGGAUGUUUUCCAUUUGCUGCUGCAGGAAGCAGAAGGCCGGCUGCUUCCCCGUUGCAUGUUUUCCUUGUUGAAGCCCAAACCCUUCGUUUGCCUCAAGAGGCCCCUGGGGGCUCUGCGGGGGGCCGCAGGGGCUCCCGGUGGAACCACCGUGACAACUGUCGUGCGCCUCCCGACCCGCUGCAAAAGGGGCUCCUCAGCAGUAGAAAAGGCUGCUCCUUUGCCCAGACGCAGCCGCUCCAGCAGCACGAGCACGAGCAGCAGCAGCAUGAGCGUCAGCAGCACCAUUAGCAGGUUCGCUCCCUCAGGAGCUGUCGGGUUUCCUCCUGCAGGGAGUCAGCCUGAAGCGUGGGGACCCUCAAAGGCGGUGGGAGGGAUCCCCAGGGGCCCCCAUGCUGCCGCAUGGGGUGCCCUUUCUCUGUCGCAGUUUCUAUACAGAAGUCUUCUGGGGCCUGACGCCCCCAAAGGCAAGGGUGUGAAGAGGCCAAGGCAAUUGCCUGCGCACUGCAGCAGCAGCAGUAGCAGCAGCAGCAGUAGUAGUAGUAGCAGCAGCUGCAGCAGUAGCAGCAGUAGCAGCAGUAGCAGCAGCAGCUGCUUCAGUAGCUGCAGCAGCAGCCCGCAGGCCGUGUGGCAGCAAGCCGCGCCAGGAGCUAGUCCUUGGCAGCACUUGCUACAAGACGCGCAGCAGCAGCAGCAACAGCAACAACAGCAGCAGCGGGAAGCGCUCAUGGAUACGCCCUGGAGUCUCAGCUCGUCAAACCUGUCCUCUGCUGCUGACAGCUCUUACCGCUGCAGCUGGGAGUCGCCCCAGCAGCAGCAGCCGCAGCCGCAGCAGCAGCAGUUUGCUCCUGCUGCUGCGGCAUCUUCCCCAGCGUCAGGAAGGGGGGACCCUCAAGGAUAA